AUGUGUUGCAAGUAUUUCUUCAGUGUGUUGGUGGGUGUUUGUCGGGGUUGAGUCGACGCGAUCGCGAACGAAGAACGAAAAACCUGAGAUUUUUCUUAAUUUUCGCUAGUGACGUUUGGUUUCUUUUGAGAGGCUUAAGAGUUAAUAUUCCACUUUUUUAUAAAACCGACAUUAAGUGACGAGUGAUAAGUGACAGGCAGUGCUAAGGAUAGGAAUCAAGAUCCCGGAAGACAGCUGACGAAUGUGAAAAAAAAGUGGCACUGGUCUUGCAUUCGCUGGGCUGCAUUUUUGCAGUUCACACCAGAAGCAGUGACCAUGGAUCAAAUGAUUGCAUUUAGCACGCAAAAUCCUCUAACACUGCUGAUGAAACUCGGAAUGAUGGCAUGGAACAAUAGCUGCGGCAUGGAAAAUUGUUCCGGCCACGGGGAAUGCCAUAACGGCACUUGCCUCUGCGAGAUUCAAUUCGAUGGAUCUGAGUGCCACGUUCCGAACUUCAGCUACUACAUCGCAUUUGCAUCUAUGUUUUUCAUCCUUGCCUUUGUUUGUCUCAUACAAUUAGUAAUGUGCAUAGUUGCAGAGUGGCAAAGAAUGAAAGCUCCCUCUUUUCUUCGAGCCUGCCGCGUGACGACCCAGAAAGUUUUAUACUUUGUUGUUUUUCUUGCUUCAAUCAUUCGCGGGGCUUACUUUACAUCUCCGACUGCAUUUCAAGAAGGAUGGUCAAGAAGUUUGUUAUCUGCCUAUUAUCCUCUUCUCUUGAGUGGAUCAUCCUUAAUCGUUUGCUUCUGGGCAGAAGUCUUUCACCUGCGUGACAUUCGAUACGACAGACCUCAGUUUCUUUCGAAGUCAUUUCUGGGCUUUGUCGUCUUUAACCUUAUUACAUAUUCAUUACUGGUGGCUGAAUUUGUUAUUGUUCAAAUGAAUACUGAAGUUGAUCAAAGCUUCUACACGCACAUUUUCAAUGGCUGUUACGCAGUUCUUCUCUUCAUAGUUGUUAUCUUCUUCCUGAUAUACGGAGUCGAAGUAUUUUUCAAAGUUCGAGGAGGAUUUUUAUGCGAAGAUCAUGUGACGUCCAUAGCGACACAAAAUCGCGUUCCAGAGGAGACGAACGAACAAGAAGAGGAAGUUGUAACAGCCAAAUUAUUCGAACCGGUCCAAACAACAACUGAGACCCUAAAUAUUCAAAAACUCGUCAACACUUCUCAGCUACAUCAAUCAAGAUUAGGAUUGCUUUCCCAAGCUUUCAUGCUCUUCAUAGUUGGCGGAUUCCUUUUCAGCGAAACACUGAGCGAUAUUUGGAAGACAAAAGUUCCUGUUUACAGCAGAAAUUGGCACGACGUUGUCUUCAGGGUCAUCGAACUGGGUGUUGCCCUUUGGUUUCCCUGCGUUUUGUGGAAUUGCACGAGUCCGGAGCGAUUGUGGAUUUUGAAUCCAAAAAGAAUCCUGAAGAAGUUGGAUCUGGAUCAAGGAAAAGUCGUGAAAGAAAUUGAACUACAGGAUAAAAGUAUUUCUUCGGAGUCUGAACUCCUGAGAGAUAGUAUUUCCAGUAGCAGCAAAGAUUGCUGGAUAUGCUAUGAUAGUGAUAGACAAGAUGCUGGUCCAUUCAUUCAGCCUUGUCAAUGCAGGGGAGACGUGAGUGCUGUCCAUCACGAUUGCCUGCGUCGUUGGCUCGUUGAGAGUUCAAUGAACGCGGACAGCCUGACAUGCAAGGUAUGUGGAACGAAGUAUAACGUGGAACACGCUAGCAGAUUGGACUGGCAACACAGUUUUACCCCUCGCCAUUGGCUCCAGACUUUUGCAAUCGUCACCAUAAUGUGCGGUUCUGCAGCAGCUGCAUGGAUUCUUAUUCAACUGGUCGAAAGCCCAAUUAUAAGAAUGCUCUCGGCUGGGACCGCUUUGGUGAUAAUAUACGUUUGCAUAAGAUUAUUAAGUCUCAACACAGUCGUUGCAUACGAACGUGCCAAAAUUUCAUCUCUGAAUAUCGUAAAUGCAGAUCCCACUUCGGCAAACACCGGCCAAGUCUCUAUAAUCAGCCACGCAGUUUCUGUAGACUUGGCAAAGUCAGAAGUUGCCGCAAUAUAAUUUAAAAAAAAAGUCUCGAACGCAGGACGUUUUUAGAGAAAAAUUGACCCGUUUCCAAGGGUUGAGGCAAAAAGAUACAACAGAGAAUCCAAAUCAGUUAGAAGCGGUAUUGACAACAGUAUGAAACUUUAAUAGUCGCUGAAUAUCAUUAAAAGAGACAGGGCUUGAACUGCCACUUCAAUCAUUUACAAUAAACAAAGACACUCUUUUUGAAGAUUGAAAAGAGGGAGGAAACGAAACACAAAAAAGGGCUCUAAAAAUGAAUUCUAAACGAAAAGGAGGAUUCUAAAUUCAGAGAAACUACAACUAAUUGAAAGGAAUUCGUUCCUUGAAUCAAACAGGCUUCUCGAAAUGUAGAGAUGCGGAUUGGCCUUCUCGAAGGCGCAUAGCCUUUUAUUUUUGUACCAUUAAUUUUCCCUUCAAUAAUUAUAAUAUCGCCAUAAGGUUUUUCUAAAUUAAGUGAUUUUAAUUUAGCACUAAUCCUUUUUAAUUUUUUUUUAAUUUGGAUAGAUAAGAGGUUCUGGUUUGUGAAAAUGUCGAUAGGCCCUGCAAAGGGUAACUUGUUAGAGGAAUAAUCCUGAUAGAUCCAGCCAAAGUGUAUUUAUAAUAAAUUAAAAGCCACUGACUCACUUGAAGAAGAGAGGAAUUAAUGUUAGGAUCUAUAUGACCGAACAAAUCCGUAGUUAAUUUGUAAAUCGGCACCGUACUAGACAUUGUCAUCUAGCUUUUUAAGUUCCCUUUACCAAUUCUGCAUUGUUAGAAAUUUGUUUACCUUUUUAGUUGGAAACUGGACUAGUUUGCCCCAAUUGGAACCUAAUUGAACUUCUAGUGUUGCAUUUCAGGCACGCAUAGACUGAUUAUUUUAACUUGGAAUAUCAGUUAAAGCUCGAUUUUAAAGUUUAUUAUCCAGGGGAAAGCACUCGAACUCAAUUACUUGAUUUUUUCGAUUUGGCAAGACCAAUUCCCCUUGCAAAGAUUUAAUAAAUUUUGCUUGACUGUUUGCACAUGUGUUGAAGUGCGACAUUAAAAGUGGAAUUAAAACUAGACUUCUUUUGAUUCUGACGAAUGCUUGCUAACUUUCAUAAUACUCCUAGACGAUAAACAUAACUUUGUACCAUGUAAAGAUAUUAUUAGUGAUAACUAUAAAUACGUUCUGCAUUUUCUACCUAAGCUGAUCGAAGGCGUUUAAGUUUUUACAUGAAAGGUCAAAGUAGCAGUAGAAAUUUUUGUAUUCAGUCGUGACUUUCAUUAAAUUCCGAUAGAGGUGCAAUCGAUUUUCUUUGUCUAAGAAAAUAAGUGGAAGAUAGUUGGAAAGUUGAGUUUUCAGUCAUCAGUAGCAAAAGAGAAUAAGUGUGUUGCUGAUAAUUCGUAAAAUAGUUUUAAUAAUAAUAAUAAUAAUAAUAAUAAGUAGUUUCGAAGAGUUUUGAGCGUUUUCCUCUCUAGAUUCUAUUCAUUAUUUGAUCCCAGGAUUUGGAUCUAAGAUCAGCACACUUAGCGGUUAGCUAAUCUUGAUUCAAUUACCUUGAAGUACAAACGCAAAUCGAAUUCCGUUCCUGAGAAUUUGGUUUCAAGAUACUGUCUGGUACUUUAUUAUUACUUAUUUUGUUAAUUGAAUAAUUUUAAUUGUAUUAUAUUAUUAUGUAAUGCUUAUACAUAAGUGUCCUAUUUAAAAUAGGAAUAUAACAUAGAUAAGCUGUGAUAAUACAAAAUGUACUAAAAAAUCAGUAGAGGGGUCCUUCAAUAAAUGCGAAAAGAAUAAAA